GCCCCGGCCCGGCCCCGGAGCGAGGGGCGGCGGGUCCAUGGGGCGCAGGCGGCGGCGGGCGCGGGCCGGGCGAGCGCUGGGGCUGGCGGGGGCCGCGCUGGGAAUAGCCGGGCUGGGGCUGGGGCUGGUGCUGGCGGCCUGGGCCUGGGCCCGGAGCCCCCCGAGGGAGCUGCCGGAGGAGAUGCCGGGUGCGCUGGAGCUGCUGGUGCCCCCUGUUGGCCGCAGCCCCCAGGGCUGGUUCCUGCAACACCUGGACCAAGAGGAAGCACCGCGGGAGAGGAGAUCGGCAGUGUCCAGGGGGAAGAGGCCUCGCUCAAAACCUGUUGCUGCGCACUAUAAAGGGCCUGACGGGACCAUCCGGGGCUGGGAGGAGACGCUCAAUGCCACGAAACCCUUGAACUACAAUCCGGCCAGCGGGGAAUUUGACGUCCUCCGGAAGGGCCUGUACUACCUGUACUGCCAGGUGCAUUUCAACGAGGGGCGGACAGUGUACAUCAAGCUGGACGUGGUGGUGGACGGGGUGCUGGCCCUGCGGUGCCUGGAGCAGUUUCCCCCGACCAGCGCCGGCCCGCAGGACCCCGAGCUGCACGUCUGCCAGGUCUCCGGGCUCCUGCUCCUCCAGCCGCACUCCGUCCUUCGCCUCCGCACCAUCCGCGACGUGAGGCUCAAGGCUGAGCCCUAUCUGACCUUCUUCGGCCUCUUCCAGGUGCACUGAGCCCGGGGCGGCGGGGCAGGACUCCUGGGUUCCCUGGGAGAGCAGUGGUGUUGAGUGGCCGGAGCAGGACGGGGCUGGGAGCCAGGACUCCUGGGUUCUAUCCCCAGCUCUGGGAGGAGAGUGGGGGC